GUGAUGAAGGACAAUCAGCAUCGUCUUCUCUCUCUGUGUUUCCUCUCCAGGUGAAGCUACAGCGUCUCUUUGAUUGGAGGUGGAUGUGAUCCAGCAGGGACCAAAGAUGGCGACACUUAGAGAGCAGCUCCUUGAUGUUCUGAAGGAUUUGGUAGAAGACGACCUAAAAGAGUUCCAGUGGUUCCUGCAGGACCCUGAGAUAAUGAAACCCUUCCCAGCCGUCCCAAAGUCCAAACUGGAGAAGGUAGACAGGCUGGACACUGUGGACCUGAUGGUCCAGACCUAUGGCAAAGACACUGUGGAGGUUACCAAGAAGGUUUUGAGUAAGAUGAACAAAAAUGAUCUUGUCCAGCGUUUGUCAGGCACCAGCUCAGGAACUGAGGAAAGUCUUGCUGACUGCCAGCAUGAACUUAAAUUCAAUCUGAAGAGGAAGUUUCAGAAUUUGUUUGAUGGAAUCACAGAUGAAGAGGAGAGGACAACACCUCUGAAUGAGAUCUACACAGAGCUGUACAUCAUAGAGGGAGGGAGUGGAGAGGUCAAUACUGAACAUGAGGUCAGAGAGAUUGAAACAGCAUCCAGGAAACCAGACACACCAGAAACAAAAAUCACAUGUGUGGACAUCUUCAAACCUGGAAGAGAUCAAGCAAUCAGGACAGUGAUGACAAAGGGAGUGGCUGGCAUUGGAAAAACAGUCUUAACACGGAAAUUCACUCUGGACUGGGCUGAAGGCGAAGCCAACCAGCAUGUCCAUUUCACAUUUCCAUUCACUUUCAGAGACCUGAAUCUGCUGAAAGGGAAAAAGUUCAGCUUGGUGCAACUUCUUCAUCACUUCUUCACUGAGACCAAAGAAGCAGGAAUCAGCAGCUUUAAGGAGUUCAAGGUUGUGCUGAUCUUUGAUGGUCUGGAUGAGUGUCGACUUCCUCUGAACUUCAAGAACAACCAGAUCCUGACUGAUGUUACAGAGUCCACCUCAGUGGACAUUCUGCUGACAAACCUCAUCAAGGGGAACCUGCUUCCCUCUGCUUGUCUCUGGAUAACCACACGACCCGCAGCAGCCAAUCAGAUCCCUUGUGGGUGUGUUGACAUGUUUACAGAGGUGAGAGGCUUCACUGACCCACAGAAGGAGGAAUACUUCAGGAAGAGAUUCAGAGAUGAGGAGCAGGCCAGCAGAAUCAUCUCCCACAUCAAGAUGUCACGAAGCCUCCACAUCAUGUGCCACAUCCCAGUCUUCUGCUGGAUCACUGCUACAGUUCUGGAGGACGUGUUGGAAACCAGACAGAGAGGAGACCUGCCCAAGACCCUGACUGAGAUGUACAUCCACUUCCUGCUGGUUCAGUCUAAAGUGCAGAAUGUCAAGUAUCAUGGGAGAGCUGAGACAGAUCCACACUGGACUACAGAGACCAGGAAGAUGAUCAAGUCACUGGGAAAACUGGCUUUUAAGCAGCUGGAGAAAGGCAACCUGAUCUUCUAUGAAGCAGACCUGAAAGAGUGUCGCACUGAUAUCAAAGCAGCCUCAGUGAACUCAGGAGUGUUCACACAGAUCUUUAAAAAGGAGUAUGGGCUGUAUAAAAAAGAGGUUUUCUGUUUCGUCCAUCUGAGCAUUCAGGAGUUUCUGGCUGCUCUUUAUGUCUUUCUAAAAUUCAGCAACUCUGGCGUCAAUCUGCUGUCAGAGGAACAAUCCACCUCCAGGUGGUCUACAGUAUUCAAGCGCAAACCCAAGCUUGAACACCUUCACCAAAGUGCUGUGGACAAGGCCUUACAGAGUCCAAAUGGACACCUGGACUUGUUCCUGCGCUUCCUUCUGGGUCUUUCACUGCAGACCAAUCAGAAUCAGAGUCUCCUAGAAGGCCUGAUGACACAGACAGGAAGUAGCUCACAGACAAAUCAGGAAACAGUCCAGUACAUCAAGGAGAUGAUCAGGUACAAUCCCUCUCCAGAGAGAAGCAUCAACCUGUUCCACUGUCUGAAUGAGCUCAAUGACCAUUCUCUAGUAGAGGAGAUCCAACAGUACCUGAGUUCAGGACGUCUCUCCACAGACAAACUGUCCCCUGCUCAGUGGUCAGCUCUGGUCUUCAUCUUACUGACAUCAGAAGAAGAUCUAGAGGUGUUUGACCUAAAGAAAUACUCUGCUUCAGAGGAGGCUCUUCUGGGGCUGCUGCCAGUGGUCAAAGCCUCCAAGAAAUCUGUGCUGAGUGGCUGUAAGCUGUCAGAGAGAAGCUGUGAAGCUCUGGCCUCAGUUCUCAGCUCCCAGUCCUCCAGUCUGAGAGAGCUGGACCUGAGUGACAACAAUCUGCAGGAUUCAGGAGUGAAGCUGCUCUCUGCUGGACUGGAGAGUCCACACUGCAGACUGGAGGCUCUCAG